AUGCCUGGGGGUUUAAGCAAUUAUCCUCUCGGAGAUUACAACCACCUACACCGCGCUGUGGCGGAAGGAAGUGUAAAGAAAAUCUUAGCACGACUUGGUCUUGGGGUUGAUGACGUCAAUGCCAACAGUAAGGUCGAUGGGGAGACGGCACUCACGAUGGCGUCCGCACGAGGCGAUAACAGAGUCACCAAAUUGCUUGUCGAACGUGGUGCCGACACCGAAGGCGUGACACUUUCCCGGCAGCGGACGGCUCUGUUCUUUUCGAUUCCAUACCCGGACGUAACAAGGAUUCUCCUCGAGCGUGGCGCGAACCACGGGGCGAAGGACGUCACUGGUUCCACACCGCUCCACUUGGCUAUCCGCGGCGAAAUUGGUGACGCCGGCCUGGAGGUCGCGGAGAUUCUGCUCGAGUUUGGAGCAGAUGCCAACGCCAAAGACAGCAACGGGGACGCGCCUCUCCACCUCCUAUCACACAAAGGGCGGCCAGCGAAGGGGCGCGUGGAAGCCGCAAAGGUGCUGGUCAAGUCUGGUGCAAACAUCGACGCCGUGGACGGUAGGGGUUGUACACCACUGAUGUUUACCUGUGUGUACGUGACUGGACUCGUGCCUUUGGCAGAGAUGCUGGUCAGGGAAGGUGCAAACCUGGACGUAUCCAACACGUUUGGCUCAACAUCGCUCCAUCUUCUUGCUGCUGGUGAUAAAGUAUGCGGUGCCGAACUGCUGGACAUUGCGAUGCUACUGAUCGAAGAAGGUGCAAACAUCGGCGCGGUGGACACCAACAGCUCCACCCCACUUCACAUUGCAUCGAAGUUUGUUGACAACCUUGGCCUCGUCAAGUUGUUGGUAAAGCGCGGGGCCGACCCGGAUGCGAGGGAAAUCACCGGAGAGACGCCGCUUCACCUGGCUACCAUCGCUGGGAGUUUCAUGACCAUGUCAGUGCUCAUCGCUGCCGGUGCGAACGUCAACCUCCGUGAUCUGCAAGGGGAGACACCGCUAUUCAAGGCAGCUGAAUUAGGACAUCUGGUAGCGGUCAAGAUGCUCCUGCGUGCGAAAGCCAGUGCCCUGUUGCCCAGGUCGGGUCCCAGUGCAAUUUACCCACUGGAAGUUGCGGCGGCAUCGGGCCACACCGACAUCGUUAGAGAGCUGUUGCAACGCCUUGGAAUCGAGGGUUGUGGUGGGCCGAGUAAUGGUGCACUCGCUCUCGCGUUUGCAGCAUCAUAUCCAUCCGUGGAUGUCAUGACUAUUCUUCUCGAGACAGGCGUUGUCGGUACAGGUGAAGCUCUGUCUAACGCCAACGAGUGCAAGGCCGCCCAACGUUUGCUACUGCGGGCGGGAGCGGUGACGGCUACUUCCUGGCUGUGGCCCAGGGGUACGCAUGCUGCCACCCCAACCAUCAAGACUGCUGCCGCUGCACCUGUCCUGACUGUGAUGAUGCCGCUGCUGAGGCGCAGAGCUAAGGGGCGCGGGUUUGCUCUGCCCGCCAUGUUGAGGUGA